CAGCUGUUUGAGCGCGAGCCGCGCGCGCCGCUGCACAGGGCGGGGGAUCGGCCCCAUGGAGUCUGCGGCCCCCAAGCAGCCGCCGCCGGCCGGGAAGAGCAGGAACCUGCCCUGGGUGGAAAAAUAUCGUCCUCAGACACUGAAUGACCUAAUUUCCCAUCAGGACAUUCUGAGCACCAUUCAGAAGUUCAUCAGCGAAGAUCGUCUGCCUCAUCUUCUCCUCUAUGGACCGCUUGGCACUGGCAAGACCUCCACAAUUUUGGCAUGUGCUAAACAGCUCUACAAAGACAAGGAAUUCAACGCCAUGGUUUUGGAGCUGAAUGCUUCAGAUGACAGAGGAAUUGAUGUCGUCAGAGGACCCAUCCUGAGCUUUGCGAGCACAAGGACAAUCUUUAAGAAAGGUUUUAAGCUUGUGAUCCUGGAUGAAGCAGAUGCCAUGACCCAGGAUGCCCAGAAUGCCCUAAGGCGAGUGAUUGAGAAAUUCACUGAAAACACCAGGUUUUGCCUGAUCUGUAACUACCUCUCCAAGAUCAUCCCUGCCUUGCAAUCCAGAUGCACAAGGUUCCGCUUUGGCCCCCUGACUCCAGAACUCAUGGUCCCCAGGCUGCAGCAUGUCAUCAAAGAAGAGAUGGCUGAUGUAAGUGAAGAUGGGAUGAAAGCAUUGGUGACCCUCUCCAGCGGGGACAUGCGCAGAGCUCUGAAUAUUUUGCAGAGCACCACCAUGGCCUUUGGGAAGGUGACAGAGGACACCGUGUACACCUGCACCGGGCACCCCCUGAAGUCUGACAUUGCCAACAUUCUCGACUGGAUGCUGAACCAGGACUUCUCCACUGCCUAUAAAAAAAUCCUGGAGCUGAAGACACUGAAGGGUUUGGCUCUGCAUGACAUCCUGACAGAGAUCCACUUAUUUGUGCACCGAGUUGACUUUCCACCUUCUGUCCGAAUCCAACUCCUGAUCAAAAUGGCAGACAUCGAGCACAGACUGGCUGCAGGUACAAGUGAGAAGAUUCAGCUAAGCUCCCUUAUUGCUGCUUUUCAAGUCACCAGGGAUUUGAUUGUAGCUGAGGCUUAGGUCCAGUGGCUUCCUGUGAGCACAGUUUACAUCCUCACCCCUCCCGCUAAGCAGUAAAAAAAGAAUGUCCUUGUCUGAACACGAGUCCAGUGGCUUCUGCAGUUCCUUACCCACUGUAUUAGAAGCCCCAUCUACUGGUGACAAUGUGGGGGACAAAUUUGACCUUCAGAUACGGGCACCUCGUUGCCCUUGACUUAAGGGGAACUCAGCACAAGUAGUUGAGGGAAGAAUUUAGCCCUUUGCAGCUAAGUGUGAGGUAAUGGACAACUUCUUAGCACUGUGUCUGUGUAAAAGCUGCAGCAUGAAAUACACCUUUGAAGGGAAGUAAGGUAGGUUCACCUCUUCCCUUACACCCAAGGAAGGGGUUGACUUUGUGGUGCACACUGUGUAGCUGAAGCUGGCUGUUGCUGGGUUUUGCUCCUUUCAUGUACUGGGAGACUCUGGUCCAAAUUCACAUCAGUGUAAGUAGCCAACUUUCCCUGAUUAAUGGAACUGUACUCCUACAGCAGCAGCAGACUUGACCCAUUUAACCUGCAGGAACUUUAAGGGUAGAAUUGUGUAUAGCAGAAGGGUGCUGAGCUUUCCCCUUGUAUGAGGCUUUAAAUGUUUCCCAUGACAAUUUCACAGGAGGAUCGUCUCAAACAGACAGGGUGUACCAUUACCUAGUGCAGAAUACAGGGGUCUCUUGAUUUAAUCAAUGCCCUACAGUCUGUAACCUGGCUUUACAGUAGCUGCUUCUGGCCUGCUAUCCUACAUUGCAGCAGGUUAGUUUAGUUACAGCCUAGGAAUGACAGCAUACAAGUAGUCAGUUGUAUGAAAGGGAAAUUUUUAUUUUGCCUCUUGAAGUUAACCUCUCAGGCUCCUGUGUACAUGAUGGUAAUACUACAGAUCAUGGUCAAGAAAAAAUUAAAACCGUCUUCAACUUCA